GAAGCGCGGCUCAAAGGCGCCCCGUGGCUGGCGGCGAGUAUGGCUGGUUUCGCGGAGUUGGGGUUGUCGUCGUGGCUUGUGGAACAAUGUCGGCAGCUGGGUUUGAAGCAGCCCACACCUGUGCAGCUCGGAUGCAUCCCCGCCAUCCUGGAGGGUCGGGACUGCCUGGGCUGUGCCAAGACAGGCAGUGGCAAGACAGCAGCCUUUGUCCUACCCAUCUUGCAGAAGUUGUCUGAGGAUCCCUAUGGUAUCUUUUGCCUCGUCCUGACACCCACCAGGGAGCUGGCCUACCAGAUUGCUGAGCAGUUCCGGGUCCUGGGGAAGCCUCUAGGCCUGAAAGACUGCAUAAUUGUCGGCGGCAUGGACAUGGUGGCCCAGGCCCUGGAGCUCUCCCGGAAACCACAUGUAGUCAUUGCCACGCCAGGGCGCCUGGCUGAUCACCUCCGCAGCUCCAACACCUUCAGCAUCAAGAAGAUCCGCUUUCUGGUGAUGGAUGAGGCAGACCGGCUGCUGGAGCAGGGCUGCACAGACUUCACUGUGGACCUGGAGACCAUCCUAGCAGCUGUGCCAGCCCGCAGGCAGACACUGCUCUUCAGUGCCACCCUGACCGACACACUCAGGGAGCUGCAGGGCCUGGCCACUAACCAGCCCUUCUUCUGGGAGGCUCAGACCCCGGUACGCACGGUGGAGCAGCUGGACCAGCGCUACUUGCUGGUGCCUGAGAAAGUCAAGGACGCCUAUCUGGUCCACCUAAUCCAGAGCUUCCAGGAUGAGCAUGAGGACUGGUCCAUCAUCAUCUUCACCAAUACGUGCAAAACCUGCCAGAUCUUAUGCAUGAUGUUGCGCAAAUUCAACUUCCCCACUGUAGCUCUGCACUCCAUGAUGAAGCAGAAAGAACGUUUUGCUGCCCUGGCCAAAUUCAAGUCCAGCAUCUACCGAAUCCUGAUUGCAACAGAUGUCGCCUCUCGGGGCCUAGACAUCCCCACAGUGCAGGUGGUAAUCAACCACAAUACCCCCGGGCUCCCCAAGAUCUACAUCCACCGAGUUGGCCGGACAGCCCGUGCAGGGCGACAAGGCCAGGCCAUCACACUAGUGACACAGUACGACAUCCACCUGGUCCACGCCAUCGAAGAACAGAUCAAGAAGAAGCUGGAGGAGUUCUCAGUGGAGGAGGCCGAGGUGUUGCAGAUUCUCACACAGGUCAACGUGGUGCGGAGGGAGUGUGAGAUUAAACUGGAGGCAGCCAACUUUGAUGAAAAGAAGGAGAUCAAUAAGCGGAAGCAGCUGAUCCUGGAGGGGAAGGACCCAGACCUGGAAGCCAAGCGCAAAGCAGAACUGGCUAAGAUCAAGCAGAAGAACCGGCGCUUCAAAGAAAAAGUGCAGCGGACAUUGAAGCAGCAACAGGCUGGCAAGGCUGGCCGAAGGGGACAUUUACCCAAUACCCAACCUAAGAACCACUCAACCCAGGACCAGGACCUGGCCUGAGCUCCACGGGUGCUACCUAGGACUCCUUCCUGGGGGACAGCUGGCCCCACCACAACCUGCCAGCCCCCCUCAGCAGCAUGUACAGACACCCCAUCAUGCAGAGUACAGCUCAUCCACCCUGUGGUCCCCGUUGGCCCCUCCUCCGAGCUUUGGAAAGAGGCCUCAGAGAAGGAAAGGGGGGCUGGCUGUGGCCAGAGUCCCUUCAUGGAGGUAUGGUGGGGUCAGAACAAGAAGCUGCUUGCAAGGGGCACUCAAUAAAUGGAUCUUUUGAUAUCCCUAUCUCUUAGGGACUGGAGGCAGGGGAAGAGAGGUGGCUAAUAUGCUUCGUGUGCCUCCCCCCCACCCCCAAAUAUCAUGUCAUCCCACCCCACCCUGGGUCUCCAUUCCUGUCCAGACAUGCCCAAAGUUUUACACUGUGUUCCAGCGUGGUGACCUCCGGUUUAUGAAGCUGCCUCAGGGCCUCAGUUUCCUCUCUGAAAGGUUAACACAGCAACUGCACCAUUCUCCAGUUGCAUCUGUGAGGUUUAGGGAGACCACUCCCCCACCCAGUGAACACCACUGCCCACCAAUUCUGGGGGCUGCCUCACCUGCCCACCUGAAUUCAUUUAAGGCUUGAGGCCAGAGUGAAGAGGGUAUUGACGAGGGGCCACCUAAGUUCUGACAGCUCAGGCUGAGUCCAAGGGGAAGGGGGCACCAACCCUGAGCAGAGCUGGAACCCAGCCCAGCAACUUUCCAAAUGUUGCCACGCCUACACAUGGCCGACCAAGUCCCAUGUGAACCAAGGCGGCUAGGGUACAGUUAAGAGAAGGCGGGUAGAGGGCCCCAUGACGGUGGCUUGAUGCCUGGUGCCCACACACCACACGCACACACAGCUACGCUUAGAAAUGUAAUCUGGGCGCCAGCACAUGCCCCAAGGAUUCUAGAAAUUCUACACGAUGAAAAGCUCAAAACCAGCCCCUGAGCUGAGAGCCAGGACCAGCUGGGCACUGUGACCAGGCCCUCCCCAGGCUGAGUCAGCC